UUUUACCUAAUUUUACGAAAAAUAACAAACAAAAAUACAAAAUAGGCACGAGAUGAGUUCGCCAACAAAUAAAAAUGCCAGCGAAACGAACGGGAACAAGCCGAAAAAGUCGGGCAAAACAAACUCCAACGCCAAGGGUGGCACUCUGGACUCGCGCGGGGAAUUGGCGGACCUCAUAAAAAAGAAGGCCGAAACUUCGGAGCAACUGGCCAACCUGGAACGCCAGAUAUAUGCCUUCGAGGGCUCUUAUCUGGAGGACACGCAACUGUGCGGCAACAUAAUACGCGGCUGGGAACGCUACCUCACCUCCAACAAAGCCACCAACUCAAAGGCCGACAAACGCAAUCGAAAGUUCAAGGAAGCCGAGCGCCUGUUCUCAAAAUCCAGCAUUACCUCAAUGGCUAUAUGUAACCCCGAGCGUGCCAGUGAAUCGGACUCCAUAACGAAUGAGGACUCCAGCGACAAUCAGAUCUCAAUGAACCAGCAUACGACCACAGCCCAUGACGGGGCCACGACAAUCAAAAGCACACCAAAAGAUGAAAAGGAUUCACCCUCGCAUCGGAAUGAGGGAAGCCUGUCUGCCAGUGGGGGAGGAGGGGGUACGGGUAGCAGCGGAUCCGGAGGAACCAACAAAGAUUUACUGGGUACACCCACUUCCACAACAAAAAGCAAACUCACGUCCAGCUCCAGUGCCACGGCGAAGAAGAGCGGACACAUAAACAAGAAAAUACGGCAUCGAUGAUAAGGAUGGCCUCACAACAGAGAGUUAACAAACCACUUAAUGAGUUCAAACAGAUUUGAAAUUACUUUUUAAUUACAAUUAAUAAAAGAAAAGUAGAAUUAAA